UAUAAAAUAUAAAAGUGUUGUGUUGUUUCGAUCGCUCGUGACGAUUAGGUGAAAAACUAAAAUAAUGAUUUCCCUUCGUGGGUUGUUUGUAACGGCGGUGCUCUACGGUUUGGCAUAUAAUACAUUAUCGGUUGGUAAGCCAAUCGUCGAACAGAUCCAACUGCAGUCCACGAUGGUGAAUCUGUGUAAAAUCCAAACGGGAUUUGUGAAAAACGGUUCGUGUGCAGUGGACGUGCCUAGACUUGCGGCUCUGUCACCCGAGCAAAUAAAAGAGCUGUCCAUGUGGCGAAUGUCGGACAUCACGUGUGGUUUCAAAUUGAUAGCUCUCGGUUUUCUAAAGAUUGUCAAACACCUUUUCAAAUGGUACAAUGACGUGGACUUGACCAAGGCGGCUGUGGACCGCGUGUCGUCUUUUGGCGUGUAUGCCCGGCUCAUGUUGACCGUUCUGUACAACAUCCAGAAUCCCCAGCUGUACGAAUGGUGGUUGUUUUACAUGUUCGUGGCCGAUGCAAGCGCUUACCGAGACCGGCUGCUGGCUAACGGUGUCGGGGGCCAGGGCGUAUCGGUCCGGUUGGUUGCGUUGCUGGAGUCGGUGACGGUAGCCCUGAGCGACAAGAAGGACAAAUGUUACAGGUACCAUCACGAGCUGUACGUGACGGACGAUGGAUCCGGUCGGCACAAGGAGUUCGUUUUGAUGACGGCGCUCUCGAACAAAGCGGAAUACGACGCGGCCGUGCGGUUGGUCACACUGUACGAAUCGGACGUGGCAGCACUGAUGGACGUCAACAGGCGGUUAUCAGUGGCCCGGAACAAUAUCGCGGCUUUUUCGUUGAACCGUUUGUACUUGAACGACGGGCACACCGUCUUGGGACACUUGCAGAUUUUGUACGACAACAAUGUCGAGUGGCAAGACGUGAACAAACGUCUGGGCGAAGCGUACGACCGGGCCAAGGCUAAUCCCAUGUCUAUACACGACGGACUGGCCAGAAUCAAAACGUACCAGCAUCUCUACCUAGUGGGGCUUAAGAUGAUCAUGUGCCGAAUAACGUGGACGCACGCCGAACUGUUGAGACAACUAAUCGACUAUUUCCGGAAAAACUCGCUGAACGUUGACACCAGUUGGCACUUUGUGGCAAACAUGAGCAAGUGCAUUGCCAGGGUGUUGAUCGAAUUCGCCAAGUACACCGGCCUGACGUCCGACCCGGACCUUCUGGCAUUGAUAAUGGCGUUCGAGGAACAAACGAAAGUCACGUCCAAACACUUGGAAUCGGUGACCGAAAGAAUACGGACGAUACUAAUAGCGACUGCCGCGCUUUUUGGCGUCAACUUCGACGCGGUCCGCCCGCCCGUUGAUAAACAAGAGCUGUUCGGUAUGCACGUGUUACUUGUGAGUUUUGCCAAACGAUACAACCUGGCCACGUCUUUCGAAAAGAACCCGAUGGCCGGUUUAAGCGACUUGUGUAAAAAUUGUACCCGCGGUACGAUUUUCGUUAGCCACGUCGGCAAAAUACUUAGAAAUGUCGAUUUCCAAUUGAUGCGAUCACUGUUCAAACAAGCAAAGAAAACCCAAAACUUGUUUAUGCAGCCAAACGAGUACGGAGGUGAUAUAGUCUGAUGAACUGAUUUUCCAGAGCUCUAUUAACUUUUAAAACUUAAAUGGUAACGUAUAAAAUUUAGGAUGAGAGGGAUGGAAUAUGCUAAAAGUAAUACUGCACUUCACCCUUUACCCGUCCAAAUUUUAAACUUCAAUAACUUAAAAAGUAAUUAUCUAAAACUGGUUAUCGACCAGUCAACAUUUUAAC